AAAAAUUCAUGUCAUGUUUCCUGCAAUUUGUUUGGUUCGAGUUUAGCGCUUCAUUUAUUCAGCGCUUAGCGUUAAAAAUUAUCCUUCAAUGAUCAGAAAGCUUGUUUAUGUUUAAUAAAAUUCAAAAUGAAAUCUGUCUAUGGUCAAUGAACUUUAUUAAACAUCCUUUAUGUCUGUGAUAAAAAAUAUGACUAUUAAUAAACGUGUAUCAAAGAAUCAGAAGAUCAAAUGAUGAAUGUUUUCUUUUUAUCAAGUAUCAAACCAUCCGAAUAAAUUAAGUAUUUUUUAGAAAAAAACGUUCGUUUCCAUGUGUAACAUUUAUGCUGAGAAUAUGUUUCAAUGACAAAAUGAUAUUGUUCUUCUAGUAGCAGGCCAGAAUAUUAUAGAAAAAAAGUAAAUUAGGAUCUGUAUCAUUAUCAUAGUAUUACGUAUUUUUUUGGACAAAACUUAGUAGAUAAAUGUCUUUUAUGAUUGCUUUUUUUUUACACAUGUAAGAAUGAAAUAAAUUGUGCAUAAGAUAAGAAAAUAAUUAACUAUUUUGUAUGACACAAUUCAGCUGGAGUUUUGGAACUUAGUGGUGAGAAAAGUAGAGAAUAUAUUUUGUUUAAAUUUAAAAUGUAUGAAUGGUUGAAAAAUUGAAUCAAAAUAUAUUGAUUCUCUUCUGCUUCGUCUUGUCAUGGAAAUGUAAAAUUUGUGAACAAAAUAAUGUGACUAUAGGUAAAAUAUAAGUAUUGAUAAUAAUGUGAUUAUUUUUUUAGCUUUUCGAAUGUUUAGAUCAAUGUAUAGCUCCAUCUCUAUCUUGUGGAGAUGGUUCGUGUUAUUUACCAUCAUGUUCGUGUAAUUUAAUUCCAAAUUGUAAAAAUAUGCGUGAUGAAGACAAUUGUAAAUCUCAUGAAAUAUGUAAAAUGAUGUUUGUCGUGAUGAUGAUUUCUAUUGUGAUACAGAGAAAAUAUUCUGUAUUAGUCUCAGCGCCGUCUGUGAUCAUGAAGUCAAUUGUCCAAAUAAAUUAG